UAUGGCGUCUUUAUGAUUUUAUUGUUGAUAGCUGAAAUUGUUGCCGGUGGCUUGGCAGCUUUCUACAAAGAAACGGCACGCAAUGAAAGCAAAGCUUUCCUACAAUCGACCAUUACCAAAUUCUAUACCAGCUCGGAGCAUACCGAUGCCGUGACCCUGAUGUGGAAUCAAAUGAUGACAACAUUCGGCUGCUGUGGUGUGGUGGACUAUCGUGAUUUCGAACAAUCCCCCUCAUGGUUAACCAGCAAGGGUAAUCGUACCAUUCCGGAGGCUUGCUGCCGAUUGAAGGAUAUCAAAAAUUUGAUACCCGAAGAUGAUUUCUGUGUGACAAAUCCCAGUGAAGCGAAUAGUUUCUUCAAGAAGGGUUGCUACGAAGCUUUCACCGACUGGAUCAUCACUCAUCGUGAAAUUAUUAUUGGCGUGUUGGCGGGUGUGGGUAUUGUCCACCUUGUCACCAUAUUCUUGGCCUUCUGUCUAUGCAAAUCCUUUGCCAAAUAUCAUGGCAUGAGACUGUAA